CUUUCGCUCAGAAAUGGAUUAAUUUUCAAAAUGUCUCGUUUCAUAUUGGGAGAAUAAUGAGAUCUCUCCUGAAAAUGUUUCCACAAUCAGGAAAAUCUAUUGUCUUCGACAACUUUCCGGAUCCCACCGACACCUGGGAAAUCAUUGAGACAAUCGGGAAAGGAACGUACGGGAAAGUCUACAAGGUUCUGAACAAAAAGGAUGGAAGCAAAGCGGCUGUGAAGAUACUGGAUCCCAUUCAUGAUAUAGAUGAAGAGAUUGAGGCAGAAUACAACAUCCUCAAAGCUCUGUCCGACCAUCCAAACGUCGUCAAGUUUUAUGGGAUGUUUUACAAGAAGGAUCUGAAAUGUGGCGAUCAGUUGUGGCUUGUACUGGAGCUCUGCAAUGGCGGCUCUGUGACAGAUUUGGCCAAAGGCAUGCUGAAAAGAGGAGAGAGGAUGGAGGAAGCCAUUAUUGCCUAUAUUUUGCAUGAAGCUCUGAAGGGCCUGCAGCACCUGCACAUCAACAAAACCAUCCACAGGGACGUGAAAGGCAACAACAUCCUGCUGACGACGCACGGAGGGAUAAAACUCGUGGACUUUGGUGUUUCAGCCCAGCUGACGAAUACCCGUCUGAGGAGGAACACUUCGGUAGGAACCCCCUUCUGGAUGGCCCCCGAGGUUAUAGCCUGCGAACAGCAGCUGGACUCGACCUACGACGCUCGCUGUGAUGUCUGGUCUCUGGGCAUCACAGCUAUAGAGCUGGGAGAUGGAGACCCUCCUCUGUCUGACCUCCACCCAAUGAGAGCCCUUUUUAAAAUACCCAGAAACCCUCCUCCUACUCUCCACCAAACCGAGCUCUGGUCAGACGACUUUAAUGACUUUAUCUGCAAAUGUCUGAUAAAGGACUUUGAGCUGAGGCCCAACGUGUUGGACCUGCUGCAGCAUGUGUUCAUCAAGCAGACCGUCGGCAGGGAGAAAAUCCUGCAGAAGCAACUGAUUGAACUCAUUGACCUCAAUCAGCAAAUUGGAUUGAUUGAAAAAACAAGCCAUCAUGGAAAGACAGACAGAAGUACAGACAGUAAUGACAGGCAUGAACGUAUUCACACAAAGAAAGGAAGCCACAUGAAGACGCAGGCCGACACAGACGAGGUGGACGACCUCGCCACCCUGGAGGUUCUGGACGAGAAUACGGUCACAGAGCAUCUGCAGAGCCGCUACACCAGAGACCAGAUUUACACGUAUGUUGGUGACAUCCUGAUUGCUGUCAAUCCCUUCCAUAAAAUGGAGAUUUACUCUCCUCAGCAAACUAAGAUGUAUAUUGGUGCCAAGCGCACAGCAAACCCUCCACACAUCUUUGCGGUGGCGGAUAUUGCCUACCAGUCGAUGGUCUCAUAUAACACCGAUCAGUGCGUUGUGAUCAGUGGGGAAAGUGGAGCAGGGAAGACGGAAAGCGCGCAUCUGUUAGUGCAGCAGCUGACCGUUCUCGGGAAGGCCAACAACCAUACACUCCAGGAGAAAAUCCUGCUGGUCAACAGUCUGGUGGAGGCUUUUGGAAACGCCUGCACUGUCAUCAAUGACAACUCAAGCCGCUUUGGCAAAUACUUGGAGAUGAAGUUCACCAACAGCGGGACGGUAAUCGGAGCGCAGAUAUCCGAGUACCUGCUGGAGAAAUCCAGGGUCAUCCACCAGGCGAUAGGUGAGAAGAACUUCCACAUUUUCUACUACAUUUAUGCUGGUCUGGCUGACAGGAAGAAACUAGCCCACUACAAGCUGUCUGACUGCAAGACACCUAAGUAUCUUUACACCGAGAACUUGAAAUUAGGCCCUGACAUAGUGAGCAACGCCCUCUACAAAGAGCAGUUUGAUGCAGUGGAGCAGUGUUUCAAAGUCAUUGGAUUCACCCUGGAGGAGCUGGGCAGUGUUUACAGCAUCCUGUCGGCCAUCCUAAACUCUGGUGACAUUGAGUUUUCUGCAGUCGCGUCAGAGCAUCAAACCGACAAGAGCAACAUCACCAACAUUUCAGUCCUGGAGAACGUGGCGUCCCUGCUGCGCAUUCGGUGGGACGAGCUCCAGGAAGCCCUGACCUCCCACUGCGUGGUGGCGCGGGGUGAGACCAUCGUCCGGCCCAACACGGUGGAGAAGGCGGUGGAGGUGAGGGACGCCAUGGGGAAGGCUCUGUACGCCCGGCUCUUCAGCUGGAUCGUGAACCGCAUCAACGCGCUGCUGCGGCCCGACAGUCAGCCGGGAGAGGAUGAUAAGGGUCUGAACAUCGGCAUCCUGGAUAUCUUUGGCUUUGAGAACUUCAAGAAGAACUCUUUCGAGCAGCUCUGCAUCAACCUCGCCAACGAGCAGAUCCAGUUUUACUUCAACCAGCACAUAUUCGCUUGGGAACAGUUUCUGAGGAAACCCAUGGGGCUGCUCUCCCUGCUGGACGAGGAAAGCCGCUUCCCACAGGCCACAGACCAGACACUCGUAGAGAAAUUUGAAGACAAUCUGAAAACAAAGAGCUUCUGGAGGCCUAAAAGGAUGGAUCUUGGCUUUGGUAUACAUCACUAUGCUGGGAAGGUGAUUUACAACGCCGCUGGCUUCUUGGCCAAGAACAGAGAGACACUCCCAGCAGACAUUAUCCUCCUGCUGAGGUCAUCGGAGAACGAGCUGGUCCGCAAACUGGUCACACAUCCUCUCACCAAAACCGGUAACCUUGCCCACACUAAGGGUAAAGGUGUAAACACACUGAGAGGCCCGCGGACGCCCACGCGGACUAUCACCUUGGCUAAGCCAACAGAACCUGGUGACACCCCGUACCAUCCGAGAGAAACCACCAACAUGAAGACGCAGACUGUGGCCUCGUACUUCAGGUACUCUCUGAUGGACCUCCUGUCCAAGAUGGUGGCCGGGCAGCCUCACUUUGUCCGCUGCAUCAAACCCAACAACGAUCGCCAUGCCAACAAGUUCGACCGGGAGAAGGUUCUGGUCCAGCUGCGCUACACUGGCGUCCUGGAAACUGCCAAGAUCCGACGACAGGGCUACUCCCAUCGCAUCCUGUUUGCUAACUUCUCUAAGAGGUACUACAUGUUGGCGUUUCACGCUCACGAAGAGCCGGCUGUGACUCCAGAGACGUGCGCCACCAUAUUGGAGAAGGCAAAACUGGAAAACUGGGCAAUGGGGAAGACCAAGGUGUUCCUGAAGUAUUACCACGUCGAACACCUGAACCUGAUGGUGCAGCAGGCGACGCAGAGGAUCGUGCUGCUCCAGGCUUGUGUCCGAGGCUGGCUGGGAGCCAAACGGUACCGGAGGACGCUGAAAGAGCGAGAACAAAGCGCUCUGAUUCUGCAGUCAGCUUACAGAGGUCACAAAGUUCGCAAGAAAGUAGCCGACGAUAAAAGCAAAGUGAAGUUUGACACUUUUAUAACUCAAUUUCAGGCAGUUUGCAGAGGAUAUCUGGCAAGAAAGACGUACAAGAAGUUGGUAGAUGAGAAAAACAAGGCAGCCACCAAGAUCCAGGCUCGCUACAGAGGCCACAAGGAGCGUAAAAGCUUUCAACGAAAACGGGAAGCCAAAGAGAAGGAGAAAGUGGUGGCCGCUCUUAAAGAAGAGGCGCCAGAACCUGCGUCUAAAACAGAAAACAGUGAAGAAGAAGAAGCGAAAGCCGCUGUUGUUCUUCAGAGCAACUACCGAGGCUACAAAGAGAGAAAACAAUUCAAGGAGAGAAAGAAGACGAUGGCCGGAGCGGAGAUGGAGAUACCAAAUGAAAACAAGGAGAAAACUGUUAAAGACGGAGAGGAAACCGUGGCUAGCAAUCAGGAGAACAAGGAGGAAGAGGAUGAGAGCACCUACGAGGCGGAGGAGAACGAUGACAGCGAUAACACCCAGGUACCGGAAGACGAGGAAAACACGGAGGUGAGCGACGAAGCCGUGAUUCAGGAUGCAGAAACCGGAAACACGAGCGCGCAGGAAAAAUCUCCAGAUGAAGCUGCCAAUCUGGAAGAGGAAACUAAAGCAGCGACUGUCAUCCAGAGCAACUUCAGAGGCCACAAAGAGAGGAAGAGGCUGCAGGAGGAAGGCAAGGUCCCAGGUAAGCAGCAGAAGAAGACGGAGCCAGAGACUCCAGGUGUUUCUUCUUCUGGUGAUGAUCCCGAUGAGACGAAGGCAGCAGUGGUGAUCCAAAGCAACUUCCGCGGACACAAGGAGCGAAAACGACUCGAGGAGGAAGGAAAGAUUCCCAGGAGGAAUAAGAAGGAAUCUAAAAACGAAGAGCAACUCGUUCCCGAUGAACAGGAGAACGUUCCGGAGGCAGCGGACGAGGAGAAAGCAGCGACUGUCCUGCAGAGUAACUUCAGGGGACAUCGGGACCGGAAGAAGCUGAAAGCUGAGAAAGAAGCGCGGCAGAAAGACAGAGACGGCGGAGCAGUUCCUGAUGAAGCGGAGCCGGGCGGGAAGGAAAACGAGGAGGCGCUGGAUGUUAGCGACGUGGCGAUCGAGCGCAAAGAGGAGGAAGAUCUGGAGAAAGAGAGGCAGGAGGAAGAGCAGGCAGCAGUGAGAAUCCAGAGCAACUUCAGAGGAUAUAAGGACCGAAAGAACCUGAAGGCCAACAGGGUGGCGGCCCGGACGGAAGCCGAGCAGCUGGAGAGUUUCUCCAAAGAGAUCGCGGAGACUUCCCAGGACUUUGCGGCCCUGCAGCAGAAGCUGAAUGAGAUCAUCCAGGCCCAUCAAUCAAACCCUGAAAACAAUGGCAUGUUUGUGAGAGGGAAAGCAAUCAAUGGCUACGCCCCACAGAUUCAGUCAGCUGACAAGAGAUUUUCCAGAACCCCCCGCAGAACGCAGCAGCCAAAAACCCUGAACACCCCAGAGGACUCCACUUACUACACGCUCAUUCAUAGAUCUGUCCAGGACGAUAAACGCAAACCCAGAAAAGAGGAUCCAGGGAAGCUGCUUGACGUGGACGACCAGUACUACAGCACCCUGUCCACCAACCGGCCUGAACCCCGCAGCUCCGCCAGGGGGACGCCGGAGAGGAGACAGUCUGUAGAGAGGAGACAGUCCAUGGAGCGAAGACAGUCCAUGGACAGGAGACGAUCCACGAUCCGUAGCCACCACGGGGACAGACGGCUGUCCACGGACCAAAGGUCGGCAGGUUCUAGUCGACAGAUGAGAGAGAGGGCGGUCACUGAGCCCGAGCUUCCCAGACCCGCGACACAAGACAACAGGCGCUCCGUCCCGCGGAUGUCGUCGACGGAGAGCCGAAGCGGAGACAAUCCGUACGACUUCAGGCACCUGCUGAGGAAGACGUCGCAGAGACGAAAGCUCAUCAAGCACUACUGAACCGGGCCGGACUUUAUAACGGACCUGCAGCUUCUUCUGUCGCAGAUUUAAAACGUUUUAGAUCCCGCAGGAGAACAUGCGUCACUGGUUUCUGAGAAUCAGGAAUAGACUGUAAAUAAGAAACUUACAUGUAAUAAAAUUGUUGUAAAUUAAGAUUUAUUCAUGUUGACUAUGGAAAGUGUUCGUGUUGAUGCCCAUUUUCUUAAUUUUCACAUAUUUAUCUUUGGAAAAUAAGCCUCAGAUUUGUUAUGUUUUGCUGUCUUGAUGUCUUGUUUGUUAACUUAAACAUAAAAUAUUUUAAAAU